UACCGUCUGUGGGCUUAAUUGAUCUACCUCUACUACAGUGUCCUCCAACUGGACGUUACUGUCGAACUAACCCUUAUCUAGCGUUCAAGAUAAGACAAUUCACAUCCUGAUUUCGUCGGGUGUUUCGCUGCAGAGGUUUCUUUUGCGAUUAAAAUAUACAUAAUAAACACACCGACAUCAUGGUUCUUCACAAUCCUAACAAUUGGCACUGGGUCAACAAGGAUGUCUCCGCCUGGGCCAAGACUUAUCUGAAGGAGAAGCUUCGUGCCGUUUCGGCGGAGGAAGAUGGCGUCACCGCUAAGGUGUCCGACGUACUGACAAUGGAUGGCGACGUAGAUGUCAGCCAGCGAAAGGGCAAGGUCAUUACUUUGUUCGACGUCAAGCUGCAGUUGGAGUAUGAAGGUAAGACUAAGGACGAAGAGGCUGUGAGUGGUACUAUCACCAUCCCCGAGGUGGCCCAUGACACGGAGGAAGAUGAGUAUGUCUUUGACAUCGAUAUCUACUCGGAUUCUCCUUCCAAGCAGCCCGUGAAGGAUCUUGUGCGGUCAAAGAUUGUUCCACAGAUCAGAAAAGAACUGGUCCAGCUCGCUCCUGCCUUGGUAGCUGAACACGGAAAAGAUAUCCAGCAUGCCCCUGGUGAAAAUCCGUCCAAGGGCUUUACGCCGGCCGUAUCGUACCCUCAGACCAAGAAGCAAGAAGCCCCUGCUUCCAAACCCGCCACUACAACUACUACCAACAAGGUUUCCGUCAACACCACUACGGUGACCGCUUCGGACGAAUUCCGCACCACGGCUGAAGAGCUGUUCAAGACUUUCACAGAACCCGAGCGUCUCGCAGCCUUCACCCGCGGGCAGCCUCGCCAGUGGGACGGUGCUAAGGUCGGCGGCAAGUAUUCAAUUUUCGACGGCAAUGUCACCGGAGAAUUUGUGAAGCUUGAGUCUCCAACACUGCUGGUCCAGAAGUGGCGCUUGGCUCAGUGGCCUGAAGGGCAUUUCAGUACCCUCGAGAUCAACUUCGACCAGAACGAUGUUGACGGCGUCACCCAAAUGCGUGUAUCAUGGGCCGGCGUCCCUGUUGGCCAGGAAGACGUCACGAAGCAGAAUUGGGAACUCUAUUACGUGCGCAGCAUCAAGCAGACUUUCGGGUUUGGCACUAUUCUCUGAUCACCUCCGGGCGUUUUGAUCCAGUUCGUGAUAUAGAUUAGACUCAGAUUCGGAUUCAGAUUCUUAUGGUACCGAGAAUUCCCGCUACUGAUGGUUUUUGAAGCUUCAGCUUGAUAUGCUAGUUAUUGUGCCGUCCUGGCUGGGUUAUUACUCUCUAUGACGGUCCCCUUUUCUCGCGCUUGAGUGCAUGCGCGAGGACACGUCUUGCACGAUUAAACGAAAGAACCCCCACGAUUAGAAUCAUGAUUAGAUCCGGGAUAUGUAAAGUAACUGGA